CUUAUUACUUAAUGCUGUCACAAAAAAUUUUGAACUCACAUUUCGAUGACCAAAUGGAACGUAAUUUAUGACGCUCCCAUGCAAGAGAACCAUCACCGAGAGAAAGGAUUCAUGUGUUGUGCCUCGCGACGAACAUAGGGGAAUUAUGGUUAAAACCGACACCUUAAGCAUAACACUUUUUCUAAGUUGCCACAAAACCAAUAAAAUUAUAAUUUUAAUGCACAAUUCUUCUUCAGAAAAUUCUUAACAAGACUUAAUUUUUUCAGCGCUUCGAAAAAUAAAUUUCAUUAAAAAUUAUUGGUUGUAAAACUUGGAAAACAAAGUGACUUUUCGUAGGCACUGCGGGUAAAACCGACACCCUAUAGGGGUAAGAUCGACACCCCCUUUAAUUUAUUUUCUCUCCACUGUAUUAAAAUCUUUAUCUUUAUUAAAAAUUAGAUACAUGCGUGAUUAAUAAAGUGUGAGUAUGUAUGAUGCAAAAUAUGUGCUUUUUAUUGCUUCAUCAUGUAGUGAGGGGAAGAAAGUUCGAAAGCGUAGUACUAUAAAUAAGAGUAUUUUAUGCUAUAGGAUUAUUUAUUGAUAUGAGUAUUUCCAAAUAAUCCUUGCGCACAUCAUUGCAACCUCCAGCGUCAUUUUAUUUCGUAAGAGAAGAUUUGCAAGCGUUCUACGUUCUGCUAAUUCAUCAUUCACUUAUAAAUGACACACACACUUCUUAGUAAAACUAUCUUUUUCAGAUUUGAUUUUUCGGACUCUGAUCAUCAACGAUCUAUUGGGGUAUACAUAAUAUCAUUGUCUCAUUGUGAUAAAGUUCGUCUAUGACAAACCAAGAGAACACUUGAAAUUCGGUUUGAUGAGCUUUUUGCAGAAAUAGCAAAAGCUUCGAUAGAAUCAGAUAAGCAAAAAUUCCAAUUUUUGAUUUUUAAAGAGACUUAUAAGAAAUAAACACAAUAAAAGUAUUUCUGUGUAUUUCAGCUAUUACUAUAGUGUGCUAAUAGUGAAAUUGAAGUAUCACAAAGAUCCCCAGCCUUUUGUAAUGAAUCGCAAGUGAACACAACCAUCUUAACAGUGUGUCGGUUUUACACUAACCAAAGGGUGUCGGUUUUACCCCAACAGCGCACAUUUUUUUAUAAAAGCAAUUAAAAAUAUUGCAUUUCUCAAACUCAUCUUCAAUGCACCUAGUUGAUCAUAGGAAAGGCCGAUAAUAAUAGGUACUGAAAAAUGGGGUGAUUUGAAAAGCUUUUGUUCGGUUAAAACCUUAAAAUCUACCAACGAAAUUUUACAUCCAGACGAGUAUGAACGCUGCUGUCGUAUAUUUUGUUUAUUUUUAUGACAUUCGGCGCACUAACGUAAAUCCAAUUUUUCUUCAAAUGCUCUACAUAAACGUACUAAUAAUAAUGUAUCAUUAUGAAAUGAAUAAAAAUUUGAUUUCUAGGAAAAGUUGUGGGGUGUCGGUUUUACCCACAGUGUCGGUUUUUCCCACAAUUCCCCUACGUGUAUUCGGUAUAAAGAAAAUAAAAAUACAAAUAAACUGCAACCGCGUUCUUUCUUUACCUUCCGUCAGCCACAUUGGUGACCCCGACGUGAUACGGAAUACAUUAUCUUGCCACCCGAAUAUCUGUUGUCGUUCGUUGAGUCGGACGACAAGCAAACCGAAGGAGUAGCAGGAGAGAAGAGGAGAAGGUGAAAGAUUCAACGUUGGAAGAAGGAGGGGAUUAUUUAAUUUUUAAGCUGCCGCUGAUAGUGCUAAAUAUAGUUUCCGGUUCAUCCGAACAAACUCAAAAAUAAAUAUGGAGAUGUCGAAUAACCUCAAUCACGAUGAGUGAAUCUAACAUGGAUUUCACUAUGACUCCGUGUGAAGCUUGCGGAAAGGUAUCAACGCAGAUCGAGGAGAUGAUUGCCUGUGACAGCUGUGAGCGCUGGUAUCACUCCCGUUGCGUGGAAGCUACAGCGGCGACAAAAGAAGGACCGACAGCUUCGUGAACGGGAAAUCGAGGAAAAAAGCCUACAACAUCAAAGGGAACUGCAGGAGAAGAAGGAAUAUCUUUGCCGCAUAAGGAAGAUGGAAGAGAUCCAUCAGGAGCAGAUGUCCUUCGUAGAGGAACAGUUCAAGGAAGCGCUAAUGGUGAACAGCGGACAAAAUCGGUCGCUGAUCCCAAAGAAGGUUUUUCCGAAGCAUCCCGCGGAAAAGGUACCCCGUUGCGUCCUCCGGCGUUCGGCAAAUUGACAAAAGGUAAUCUAAAGAUGUUUGCAUAGAACGCUGAAGUCAGCAGUGAUGAAAGUGAUGAAAAUCGGUCGGAGAUUACAGACGGCGGCGAGGGCAGCGACGAUGCAAACGGUUAAAGAAACCAGAAGCAAACAUGGGCUGGAGCAAUAGCGUGCCGGACCAAGCAGGGCUCAAUUCAGCACUGGAGUCCGUCCGAGACCAGCUUCUUCUUCCAAAGUCGGUCCCACGAGUAAUUGCAAAACUCCGACAGCUUUACGGACGCCAUAAACAAUUGCUGCAAAGCCACCUUGAAAAGGUACGCAGGCUCGAAACUAGAGAUGCACCGAAUAGUACUAUUCGGCUUUCAGCCGAAUACCGAAUAUUUAAUGUUUAAAUAUUCGGCGUAACGAAUAUUCGACCGAAUAUUCGACUGAAUAAUGUAUAAAAAUUCUGACAAAUAGCAUCAAACUACUUAUAUUCGAAUAACCUCAACAUGUAACUUUGUAUUAACCAAAGCAAAGAACCCGCAAAUUAGCGUACCGAUACAGAGAUUACUGGAUGCAAUCGAUAAACAUUUGAUUCAUUCACUUAUUAGUUUUUAUUUAUAUAUAUAUAUUUUAAAGUAGUGAAAAAGCACAAUUUAAUCGUAGGGCAUUUCAGAAUCCAUUUAUACUUCCAAAAACAUGAUUCCCAAUAUAUUUAAAAUGCUUUCCCAUAUUUACUUUGAAAAAUGUAAUCUCAAAAUGUAAACAACAGGACCACCAUGUGUCAAACUUAUUGCAUGGCGUCAAAUUACAAUCGACAGUUGGCUGCCGUUAAUGUCUCCACCUAACUAUGAAUGUAGGAACUAUUGUGUAGAACUGCCAACACUUGCGCGCAAACUUCUCACUCCAUUUUUGUUAUUGAAAACGGUCGUCUUCAGAAACGCGUGGAUUUUUGAAAAUCUAAGAUUUCCAGGUCUAUUAUAUUUGUUUAAAAAUGGCGGAAAGCAAACGUUCGGCGAUUUGGGAGUUCUUCAUCGAAAUUGAUGGUGGUCGAAGAGCCAAGUGCGCAGAAUGCAGUGCAACUCUAUCGCGCGGUGGUACCGGAAGAGCAGCUACAAAUUCUGGAAUGAUAAAUCAUUUGAAGCAACAUUCUGAAGCACAUCGAAUUUACCGAGAAUCAGAAGCUACGCGAAAAGCUACCAAACCUGCGGCGCAGCCUACCAUCCAAGAGAGCUUUUCUGGCAGCUUCAGAUGGGAGGAAAAUUCUGUAAAGGCUAAAGAAAUUACAAAAACAAUCGCAGAAAUGCUUGUACUGGAUCUCCAACCAAUUUCAAUGGUUCAAGAUGAAAGAUUUCUACACCGAGAUAAAAUAACUAAUGAAUUCGUUCCUAGUAGGAAGCAUUUUACAUCAGUGGUACUUCCUGAAAUGUUCGAGAAGUGCAAAAAAUCAAUAAAGGAUGCGUUGCCUCAAAAUGGUGGGUACAUGUCUUUCACGACAGACAUUUGGUCGUCUCCGAACAAUAAAGCAGUGAUAAGUUUGACUGCACAUUGGUACGAAGAAAAAUGCAGCAAUAUGCAACACGCCAUAUUAAACACUAGUGAGUUCCCUGGUUCCCACACCGGAGAGAGAAUUGGCCUAAAAAUGCACGAAAUGUUAAGUGCCUGGAACAUAUCCACAUCUCAGGUUCACCUGAUCUUGCGGGAUAAUGCGGCAAACAUGCUGAAAGGGCUAAAUGAUGCCGAACUGCCGAACGUUGGAUGUUUUAUUCAUACGCUUCAACUAGUUGUUCUUGAGGGAUUGGAAUGUCAAAAAACUGUUAAAGACGCUAUAGCAAAAUCACGCAAUAUUGUGACACACUUCAACCAUUCUCCACUAGCUUGCAACAAGCGGGCCUUACACGUUCAAUAUGGCCGCUACAAACUGUCCGAAAUCCAGGACAAAUACGAUUUACCCAAAAGAAAACUCCUGCAGGACGUUCGCACACGAUGGAAUUCUUCGUUCUAUAUGUUAGAACGCAUGCUUGACCAAAGAUCAACCGUAACAUACUACGCAGGAGAAGUUCCAACGGUAAAGAAUUUGACGGAAUAUGAAUGGAAUAUUACAAGCCGUCUUCUUGAGUUUUUGAGGCCAUUUAACCAGAAUCGUAAGCUCCGAUGAAUCGAACAUAUCUGAGGUAAUUCCGUAUGUGGCAGCCCUCAAACUGUUUUUAGAAAAGAAUAGUAGUAAUCAUAAAGGAGUCGAACCUACAAAAGAAACCCUAUUAAGAAGCUUGAACGCCCGGUUUAAUUAUAUUUUGGAGGAAAAUGUUUUUACCUUUGCCACUGUUCUGGAUCCCAGAUUUAAACUGAACUUCAUUUCUGAAAACAAUCACCGUAUCCUAAUUGAUGGAAUCGUUACUGAGAUCCUUGAUCAAAUCGAAGUAACGAAGCCAGAUGAAACAAGGCCUGAACUGGAGAAACCUGCAGAGACUUCAUCCGGUUUCUGGAAGUGCUUUGAGGAAGUCGGAGCAAAUCAACAACAAACAAUCGACCCGUCCAUCUGCACAAUUAGAAACGAGCUGGAACAGUAUCUUUCGGGAAAAAAUAUUGAUGGAAAGCAAAGCCCGUAUGCUUGGUGGACUGCAAACAAACACAAAUACCCACAUGUACUGAAAAUCGCUACGCGUUACCUUUCAGCUCCUGCAAGUACUGUUGUAAGUGAAAGGUUGUUUUCCACCGAAGGACUCAUAUAUGAGCAGCAUCGUAAUCGGCUACUGCCAGAGAAUGGCGAAAUACUUACAUGCAUGAAGCGCAAUUUUAAUUAUUUUAUGACUUCAUCAGAAAAUGCGUUGACUUAAAUUAAAUUUUCUUUGAAUUUUAUUUUAUUUUGUUUUUUUUUUAAAUAUUUCAUGACUAUUAGGCCAUUACUGAUCCUAUUCGGCCGAAUGUCGGUUUUUAUUAUUCGGCGUACCGUAUAUUCGGCUUAAAUCAAAAUCGGCUGAUAUUCGGCCCGAAUAUUCGGCCGACCGAAUAUUCGGUGCAUCUCUACUCGAAACUGACAACUUGGCCAGUUUCAUACCGUUUGGCAAUGCGAUCAGGCAGCUUAGCGAACACUUGGAAGCAGCGGAUCUCCCGCUCCACUUGGUGAAUCUGAUUGUCAUCCAAGAUUUAGUCAGCAAACUUCCGGACGGGAAAAAGCGGUGCAAUAUAACGGAAAGAAUAAUCCAGUUACACUUGGAACGUUUACUGAUUUUGUUUCGAGAAUCGUGGCAGAUGCUUUCGAUGCGAAUGUCACUUUUGAAUACAAACCAGAUGUAAGGUUUGCGGUAGGAUUACUAUUUUCAUUGUUCGUGAAUGAUGCGGUCUUUGUUCUAAUGCGUGGAGGGAAACUGUUUUUCGCCGAUGACUUGAAGAUAUUUCUUGUGAUAAGGAAAGAAGCCGAUUGCCGUGAGUUACAGUGUCUCAUUGAUACAUUUUACAAUUGGUGUCAAAGAAACAUGUUGAUCCUUUGUGUUACGAAAUGUUUUGUCAUCAGUUUUCAUCGUACAAGAGACAUGCUUAAUUUUAACUACAACAUUGACGGAACUCAGCUGCAACGCGUUGACCACGUAAAAGAUCUAGGUGUUACUCUCGAUGAAAGGCUAACUUAUACCAACCACCUGUCAGCGACCAUCGACAAAGCAAAUCGACUUCUAGGUUUUAUGUUGAAGAUUUCAAAGGUUUUAUAUUGCUCACUGGUGCGCUCGCAGUUGGAAUUUGCAAACAUCGUCUGGUGGCCCUUAUCAUGCAACGUGGAGUGAAAGGAUUGAAACUGUCCAGCGCAAAUUUAUACGAUAUGCUUUACGUCAAUUGCCUUGCAAUGAUCCGUUGAACCUGAUACCAUAUGAGGACCGUUGCAGACUAUUAGGACUACAUACUUUGGAAGAACGUAGACAUACUUCGCAGGCCAUUUUCAUAUCAAAGUUUCUGUUGGCUGAGUAUGAUGUUCCCGAUCUCCUUGGACAAAUCAACUUCUACGCCCCAACCCGUGUUCUUCGCCCUCGGACAUUACUACACAUCAUGGCAAUGCGAAACACCAACUACGCUGCUAAUAGAUUUUAGCGAUGGUUCGUCGCUUCAACGAGCUUGCCUAGCACUUUGACCUCAAUUAUAAUUCAUCACAAUUUCGUCACCGUUUGCUGUUACAUUAGGUUGAUUAUUUUUAGUUUAGUUCAUUAAGACUUAGUGUCAGAAGAACACAAAUUUUAAAUAAAAAUACAAAUACAAAUGAUGGCACCAAUGCCGGUUCAACGCAUCAACUCUCACUUGCGUUCCUCUAGUACAGUGGGUGUUGAUUACCUAGGUCCUGUCGAGGUCACGGUGGGGCGUAGGAAAGAGAAGUUGUGGAUCGCGGUCUUCACGUGUAUGGUGAUAAGGGCCGUCCACCUGGUGUAGAAAGAGAGAAGAGGAGAAGGUGAAAUCAGGAAAGUUUCGACGUUGGAAGAAGCAGGGUACUAUUUAAUUUUUGAGCUGCCGCUGAUAGUGCUGCUACGAAAAUAUAGUUUCCGGUUGAUCCGGACAAACAUUUUUCUAAAGAAUAAAUAAAUUUAGAUUAUCUAAUUAUCUGAAAAAAUAUUGAAAUUUAUCCACGAAAAGUGAGAUUUGUGUACACAUCGAAAGCAUAAUUUCAAAUUGUGCCUUCUAGUUUACCAAUUUUGAAUUCACCACAGUAACGAUAAAAAAGUUAUUUCUAGGUUAGAAAUUCUGCACUCCAGCUCCAGGUGUAGGCCACACUUCGGCCAAACUAGUUAUAGCAAUAUAUCUUUUUAAAGAUAUUCGAGAGUCUAUCUUUGAAAAGAAGUGUUCUGCUACAUAAACAUUUGAAAGCACUUUUUAAUUUACAUAUACUACACGAUGUUAGUAUAAGUCCAACUGAUGGUAUAGUGAAAAUAAAACGGAAACCUAUCUCAAAGUUGUUAGCAAUUUAAAAAUUUGAGUUACGAGUUUUGUAUUUCGGACAAAAAUAUUUUGAUUUCAAAUUCGCUUGAAUUGUUACUAACUGAUUGGCCGUAGACAAAAAGCCAGUCUGAAAAGCAUUAUUGAUCGAUGUUUGUUUUUGUCCUUAAUAUUUGAAAAGCUUGAAAUAAAUCUGAAUGCCUGAAUAGCUUAAUUUUUAGUUGAACAUUAUAAUGUGCUUUUUUCCAAUUUCACAUUUUCUACAAAUAAAAAAUGAAAAGUCAACAUAGACAUUUGUGGACAGGGGAUUGUUAAAAGUUAACUAGGGGGAGGGGGGUAAAAAAUUUCAAAUUUCCUCCUACGUGAUUUGUGAAUGGCCCUGAACAGCUUUUACGCAAGCACAUUUCAAGCCUAUUAGAUGUUUUACCACAAUACAAUUGCAUCCAAAUAUAGUAAGAUAAAGCAAAAGGAUGAUCGUGUAAGACGAGUAAUGACGAAAUUCCCAAUUUUAGUAAUGUUAUUGCUCAGUAAUGAUACUUUUAUUGCGCGUGUAAGGACCCCUAUUUACCCACUAAACACGUCUUUUUAUUGACUUUAAUCUGGUAAUCCGAAACCAAUGAGUAGUGUAUACCAGCUGCCAAAUUAUUUUGUCUGAAAUCUGUAUUGUCCUAGUAAAAAUGCUGUAUUUGUAUCAAGUAUUCAAUAAAGAAAAGGAAUUUUUAUAAUAUUUAGUGUUCAAGACUUUAAAGGAUGAUUUAUUAUAAUUCGAAACUAAUAAAAAAAUGUGAUCUUCAAAAUA